AGAAAUUUAUAUGUAUAAAGUAACACCGCUGCUGAAGUAGGUUAUAUUUGCGUUCAUUAACUUUUAAUAGUUUGGUUAUUUCUAUUUGAAUAGAAGCCAUAAAAUAAAUAGUAGUGUGUUCAUUGAAAAAUAUUUAUACCUAUAGUGGUAGACAUAAAUAAUAAAUUCUUUGACGUUUUAUUUGAAUACCAGUCAGAACGAUAUAUAUCAUUGAAGAGUAAGGUUGGUAUUUGUAUCUAAAUUCUAAUAUGAAUCCGAGAAAUGGUGACACUAUUAGCAACCACAUGGAUUUAGACCUGAAAGAUGGUUUAUCUAGAGAUGAGUUAUUUGCAACAAGUGAUGGUUUGACUUAUAAUGAUUUUCUUAUUUUACCUGGCUACAUAGAUUUUACAGCAGAAGAAGUAGAUUUGACAUCACCUUUGACAAAAAACAUUUCUUUGAGGGCACCUCUCGUUUCUUCUCCAAUGGACACUGUAACAGAAUCUGAUAUGGCAAUUGCGAUGGCACUUUGUGGUGGGAUUGGUAUUAUUCACAGUAAUUGUACCGCAGAAUAUCAAGCAAAUGAGGUUCAUAAAGUGAAAAAAUAUAAACAUGGCUUUAUUCGUGAUCCAUUAGUUAUGGCACCUGAAAAUACUGUAGAAGAUGUUUUAGAAGCUAAACGUAAAAAUGGUUUUACUGGAUAUCCAAUUACAUGUAAUGGCAAAAUUGGUGGUAGAUUGUUAGGUAUUGUAACAUCACGCGAUAUUGAUUUCCGUGAGGGGCAACUUGAUUGUAAAUUAGGUGAUAUAAUGACAAAAGUUGAAGAUAUGGUUACAGCAAGAAAAGGUGUAACAUUGCAAGAAGCAAAUCAUAUUUUAGAAAAAAGCAAAAAAGGAAAAUUACCCAUUGUAAAUGAAAACGGAGAUUUAGUUGCUUUAAUUGCUCGUACUGAUUUAAAAAAAGCAAGAAGUUACCCCAAUGCAUCUAAGGAUAGUAAUAAGCAAUUAUUAGUUGGAGCAGCAAUGGGGACUAGACCAGAAGAUAAGGAUAGAUUGAAAUUGUUAGUUGCAAAUGGUGUUGAUGUUAUCGUUUUGGAUUCUUCACAAGGAAACUCAAUAUAUCAAGUUGAAAUGAUCAAGUAUAUUAAAUCUACGUAUCCUGAAUUGCAAGUUAUUGGUGGAAAUGUUGUAACAAGAGCACAAGCUAAAAAUUUAAUUGAAGCUGGUGUUGACGGACUGCGUGUUGGUAUGGGAAGUGGUUCAAUUUGCAUAACACAAGAGGUGAUGGCUUGUGGAUGUCCGCAAGCAACUGCUGUAUAUCAAGUGUCCGCGUAUGCAAGAAGAUUUGGUGUUCCCGUCAUUGCUGAUGGGGGUAUUCAAUCUAUAGGACAUAUAAUGAAAGCUUUGGCAUUAGGAGCUUCAGCAGUAAUGAUGGGUUCCUUACUAGCUGGCACAUCUGAAGCACCAGGAGAAUAUUUCUUUUCUGAAGGCGUUCGCCUGAAGAAGUAUCGUGGUAUGGGAAGUUUAGAGGCAAUGGAACGUAAAGAUGGUAAGGGAGCACUAAGUCGUUAUUAUCACACUGAAAUGGACAAAUUAAAAAUAGCUCAGGGUGUCAGCGGCAGUAUUGCCGAUAAAGGUUCUGUUUUACGUUUUCUACCAUAUUUGGAGUGCGGUUUACAACAUAGUUGCCAAGACAUAGGAGCUAAAUCAUUAAAAGAUUUAAUAGAUAUGAUUGAUUCUGGAGAAUUAAGAUUUAUGAAACGUACACAAUCAGCACAAAUAGAAGGAAAUGUUCAUGGUCUCUUUAGUUAUGAAAAACGCCUCUUCUAACAUUCGACAACAUUUUUCAAUAAUUCUUUUUCCACACUUAGUUCAGCAAUAUCAAAUUCAAAUAACACACGGUCUACCUCUACUAAUAACACUAUGUUAUGUACCGGUGAUCGUUAUAUUAAUGAACCACAUUAUAGUAAAACUGUGCAGCAAACAGUAAAAAAAUUUAUAUGAUAGUGUGGUUUUAUAAUGAAAUUUAAAACAAUUGAUUGGAAACAAUUGAAACUACAUAGGAAUAUUUAUUAAGUAUAGCUUAAGUUUAGUCACAGUUAAAUAAUGGACCCUUAUUAUUGAACUUAGUAAAUAGAGUGUUAAACCACCAAAAAUUCCAAAUAAAAGUUCUAACAGAAUGUAAAUUUUCCACCGAUGCAGAUUUCACAAAAAAAAAAAAAUAAUGCAGGAAAUGUAGAUUGGUUAUAAAAUCAUAAUUUUUCAAUUAGCUAAACUUGUUGUGAUUUGAUAGUUAUGAAAUUUAGCUAACUUUAUUACUUAAGUAUUAAGUUCAGUUCAGCUGAGUUUAUUUUUUAUUUUGUAAAAAGGGCAACCGGUUAAUUUUUGAAUUUCGUAUUUAACUAAUUACCCAAAUUUCAAGAUAUUGAGUUAGAUAAUUGUUUUGUUGCAUUAAAAUAAUUUUAAAUAUUUAAAAUCUGCAAAUUUUUUACAAUCAAAACUGCAUUUUUCACUUAAAUGGAUUUUUUUUUCUAUCAUUUUUACAUAAUUUAACGAUGAGUGGCUGAAACAAUAAAAAAAUUGUUUGUAAAAUUUGUUUUAAAUUGACAUUUAAACCUAUUUUCAAAAUUAUCAUUGUUAACGUAAUAAUAGCGCACUUUUAAUAUUAGUAGCAAUGAAAAAUGUUAUUUAUGUCGUAAAAUGGAAUAUCAAAAUAUUACUAAAGAUUAAAAGUUUCUGUAUUUAGAUAUUUAUAAUCAGAAGUAUUUUUUUGUGAAAAUAAUUUAAAUUUUAAACUGUUUGAGAUGCCAUGAAUUAGGUUCCAUUAAUAUUUUGAUCAAAGGCGGUAAAUUAAAAUUUCAUAAAGUCUUUGGAUUUUUACAAACUCGCGAAUGUUUCUUACCUUCAAUUGUGUUACUAAAUCAAAAGCAUGUAAUGAGAUUUCUUUUGUAAAUGAAAAAUUUUCACAAA